UGAAUCAUGGCUGAAAGCUUAUAGCUGGGAGCUUAAUGUCCAAGGACACACUUUGUAUCAAAAGGACAGGCAGGAAGGCAGAGAGGGUGGUGUUACUCUGUUGGUAAAAAAUUAAAUGAAAUCGUUACAAAGAGGUGACAUAGAGUCAGAAGAUCUUCAAUCGUCAUGGAUAGAGCUAAGGAACUGAAAGGGUAAAAAAGAGAUCCCCAAACAGUGGUAAGGAUGUCAUCUACAAAUUAGAAUGGGAGUUAGAAAAUGCAUGCCAAAAGGGCAAUGUUACAGUAGUCAUGGGGCAUUUCAAUAUGCAGGUAGAUUGGGGAAAAUCAGGUUGUUGCUGGAUUCCAGGAGGGGGGAUUUGUAGAAUUCCUUCAAGAUGGCUUUUUAGAGCAGCUUGUGGUGGAGCCCACUAGGGGAUCAGCUAUUCUGGAUUGGGUGUUGGACAAUGAACCGGAAUUGAUUAGGAGUCCUUGUGCAGGAUUCGCUAAAGGUUGAUUUGCAGGUUGAGGCUGGGUGAGGAAGAUAAAUGCAAUGUUAGCAUUUAUUUCAAGAGGACUAAAAUAUAAAAGCAAGGAUGUAAUGCUGAGACCUUGUAAAGCAUUGGUGAGGCCUCAUAUGAGUAUUGUGAGCAGUUUUGAGCCCCUUAUCUUAGAAGGGAUGUGCUGAAACUGGAGAGGGUUCAAAGGAGGUUCAUAAAAAUGAUUCCAGCAUUGAAUGGCUUGUCAUUUGAAAACUGUUUGAUGUCUCUGGGCCUGUAUUCACUAGAAUUCAGAAGAAUGAGCGGUGACCUUAUUUAAACAUAUCAAAUAGUACUUUAUACUUUAUUGUCGCCAAACAAUUGAUACUAGAACGUACAAUCAUCAUAGCGAUAUUUGAUUCUGCGCUUCCCGCUCCCUGGAUUACAAAUCAAUAGUAAAUAUUAAAAAUUUAAAUAGAAAAUAGACAAAUGGAAAGUAUGGUAGUGCAAAAAAACCGAGAUGCAGGUCCGGAUAUUUGGAGGGUACUGCUCAGAUCCGGCCUUAAUAGAGUGGAUGCGGAGAGGAUGUUUCUCAUGAUGGAAGGGCCUAAGAUUAGGGGACACAGCCUCAGAAUAGAGGGGUGUUCUUUUAGAACUGAGAUGAAGGGGAAUUUCUUUAGCCAGAGAGUGGUGAAUCUGGAAUUCUUUGCCACAGGCAGCUGUGGAGGGCAAGUCUUUAUGUAUAUUUAAGGCAGAGGUUGAUAGAUUCUUGAUUGGUCCGGGCAUGAAGGGAUACGGGGAAGAGGCAGGAGAUUGGGGCUGAGAGUAGAAUUGUAUCAGCCAUGAUGAAAUAACAGAGCCAAAUGGCCUAAUUCUGCUCCUAAAUCUUAUGGUUUUAUAUCAAUCACUUGGAGGUUUGAACGGAAUAUACAGUAGACAACUUUGUGAAUGACACAAAAGUAUAUGGGAAGGUAAGCUGCAAGGAGGAUGCAGUUUGCAGAGAGAUAUUAAUAAUGGGCAAAAAAUUAAAUGGAAAAAGUAAAUUUUGGAAGAAAGAAAAAAAAUAUUUAAAUGGAGGAAAAACUACAGAAAGCUAUGCUACAAAGAAAUUGGAGGUUUUUGUGCAUGAAAUACUGAAAGCUGGCACACAAGGUAACAGCCAAGAGUUUCCAACCUGGGGUCCUACUAUUAUCCUUUCAAAAGGCUGUAAUGAGAUGAUAUUGAGAGCAAUGCACACACAUCUUUUGCUACUAGGAAGGAAUUUAAACUGCGCACAAAAGGUUGUCACCCUCUAUCUCAUUGGCAUGUUAAGUGUAUUUCAUGAUUGUACACAAUCACAUUUGCUUUUCCAGUUUCUGGUGAGGACUGUGGUAACAAUGCAGAGUUUGCAAUGAUUUGUCUUCAGAUUUUAGAACUGGCUUAUUUAUACUUUUAUUGAAACUAUUGAUUCACUGCGUUGAAUUCCAAAGAACUGCUAGUUCACUUAAAGUGGAAUGGCUUAAUGAAACAGUAGAAACUGCUACACCGAAAGCUCAUGAGGUCAGGAGCAUGCAGCUACGAGAAAUAUUUAUGUACAAUACAGAAGCUGGUGUUACCUGCGUGUAUUGUCACGAUGCUAAAGUUGCUGGAGAAUUUGCAAGUGGGAAGAAGUGGAGUGAUAUUUGGAAACUUAACUUUUUAAAAUGUUAUUUAGCAAGCAAAUCACAGAUGGACGGUAUGUAAAAGCUCUGUUGAGGAAAUCUUUCAUUACCUGCAAAAGGCUUGUUACCUAUGUUUUGUGAGAGUGCAGAUGAACGAGAGUGAAAACAAUCAAACCCAGAGGAAAUCGAAGUUCUUAUUUACAGUUAUUUUAUUUCUUUUAAACAAUGAACAACAAAUUGGACUUGGUAGUUUAUUAUCCUUAGAAUAGCUUCAGGUUUACUUCCACUUAAAAAUUCAUUGCAUAUGUGUUGUCACUGGGCAAAAAACUUGCACAGCAGAAGAUUUUUGCGCACACUGGUCAUUACAAAUUAGAGGGAACAUCGAUCGAGAGGAAUAUAGACAAUUUUGUUUCUCCAAAUUAAAAAAAGAUAAUGUUUCAUUAUAGGUGCUUGAGAAAAGCUUCACUAUAAUGAUCCCUGAAAUGAAGAGAUUGUCCUACAAGGAGUGGUUAAACAGGUUGGGAUUCUACUCAUUGGAGCUUAGAAGUACAAGAGUCAAUUGCAAAAGGGCUAAACCAGUUGGCUGUUUUGGCAGGUUGGCUGCAUUGGAACGGUUACACCACCGCCCUCUACUUAAAGCAAGGUGUGUGGGGGUUGUGCCUCUCAUGGAGACUCUCAAGUUCCUUCACAUGAAAGCACGUGGUGAGGUGUAUCCGGGCUCUGAAAUCUGCCGUUUCCGUGUCCCUGAUAAUAAAGUGGGCUGGGAGGUUCCGUGGACAGAUUACAACCCGGUCGAUUACACUGCCUCCUCCGUGUUGAAGCAACCACCCUGGGCAGACCCACCUUACAGAAAUGAAGGAGAAUUGGUUAAGCCACUGAAAUUUAAUCAUUUGGAUGGUGACGUAGAUCGACGGUCCUAUACAGGAAAAUAUGAAGUGAUAAACGGGUUCCCAAGGAACCCUUGUGGACGGACUGGAUUGAAAGGGCGAGGACUCCUGGGAAGAUGGGGACCUAAUCAUGCAGCAGACCCCAUUGUGACAAGGUGGAAGAAGGAGGGUGGAAAAAUGGUGACUCACAAUUGCUCUGGGAAGCCAAUCUUGCAGUUUGUGGCAAUUUGCAGAAGAGACAACAAGGAGUGGGCAAUUCCUGGGGGAAUGGUAGACCCUGGCGAGAGGGUGUCAGUUACACUCAGACGAGAGUUUGGAGAGGAAACGUUGGACUCCUUAAAUCUAUCAGAAGCCGAGAAGCAGAAAGUGAAAGAGUUAAUCAACUCCCUGUUUCAAGCUGGAGAGAUGGUGUACAAAGGAUAUGUUGACGAUCCUCGAAACACUGAUAAUGCUUGGAUGGAAACUUUGGCCAUGAAUUUCCACGAUGAGACAGGUGACAGUGUGGGAAGGCUCAACCUUCACGCUGGGGAUGAUGCUGCUGCGGUGAAGUGGAUGGAUAUCCAGCAGACGCAGAAACUAUACGCCAGCCACACACAAUUCCUCCAUCAAGUAGCAAGGGCAAAGAAUGCUCACUGGUAAAGGGGAAUACUAUCCACCUUUAGACAGCCAGCAACAGCAGGGUUUGCUCCAGCAGCUGUACGUGAAGUUAAAGGCGGUGACUUUCUCUUCCUUUCCAAACUCGAACACCAUCAAGAUCCCUACAGCAACGGGAGAAGGAGCCUUUCCAAGAAGGAAUUCAGAGAGAAGCUUUAAUUCUACUUUUUUGGUUCAAAGUUCAUUGAUGCCUUGGCUUUAGAUUUUGUAUUCUUGUGUGACGCGGGCCGUUUUUAUUUCUCUUUCUCUUGCUGGCAC